AGGAAAUGGAAACUUUCAAGUCACCAUGUCUAAAUACGAAGCUCUCCGCCUGGAGAACAUCAAGCGAAAUGAGGCGCUUGUAAAGGAUCUUGGGCUUCAGAAUGAUUCUCUUACAAAUGAAGAUGAGAGAAAAAGUGCGGGGCGGAAGCCGCCCGCUGCGAAACGUCGCAAGCUUCAUCCUACUUCCCAACCUACGCGAACAUCGGCCCGAAUCGCAAAUUCAUCUACACAACCAAUUUAUAACGAAGAUGCCCAAAACGAAACAUCUGUCUCAAAACGGAAGCCUCGCAAAAAUCAAACAUCUAAUGAUCAAUCAUCAAUUCCCAGAAGCCCCAGCCCGCAGCCACCGCCCAGUAAAGAUCUCAAAACCUUGAUCGCAAGCUGGUCAUCCUGGAAACCCGAAGCACCUCCCCCAACCCGCGACGUGGAGGGGACCUACCACUUCCCAUCCCACCCCCAAUUCACCCCAAACAAGUCCCCCGAAGCCAUAAUCCAGGAGGGUUCAUUCGGCGGAACAUACUGGCGCCCCCUAUACUCCCGGCACCUACGCACCACGAUCUCCGAGGACUGGCGAGAGUUACCCACAUCCUGGACCUCAGGCCUCGACGUUCAGAAAUACCUUUCUAACAAAACAUACAACCCGGAGAUCAACAAAUACGGCGUAUCCUGCGGACAAUCCAUCGAAGAAUGGGAAGCGGCGGGGUGGAUCGCGCACGAGUACGACGUGCGCGGGUGGUUCCAGUGGUACUGCCGGUUCUGGCUUGGGCGGCGCUGCGCGGAUGACGAGCGCCAGAUCAGUCGGUGGAGGAAGUGUGUUGGGGAGACGGGGCGCUGGAGGAGGACGUUGCUGAGGAAGUAUGUGCAGAUGGGCAUACGCAGUGUUAUGGAUGAGGGAGACGAUGGGGACGAGGAGCGCGCGGGCGAUGUGAGUCCCGUCGUGCACCAGACGUGCCAUCAUUGGGGUUGGGAGGUCCGGCAGCAGGCGCUGGAUCGGUUUUGGGUGGAGGGGAAGUAACGCCACGUUUGCGAUCCCCUCACUAUUGUGUUCACUGCUACAAACGGUCAUGGUUUGCGAUAAAUCGACUAAAAUUGGUGUUUUAUCAAACGGAUCAGAUUGUUUGGAUUAAGGUAUGUAUUAUCGCAAAUAUGGUUGCAAGCACACGACUUUCACUCCUCCUCAUAACCGUAUGUCAGAAAACUACUCGCCGCCCACCCAUUCGCCACGGUGUAUUCAUCCAGCGAGGUGGUUCCGUGGAGCACCUUGUAGUCGUUCAUCGCCCCGCAACCU